ACUGUGCACGACGCCUGGCCGACAUCCCACUUCGUCCGUCACUUCUCAGCAUGACUGUUGUCUUCGUUCUCUCGUACUGUCUCUCGUACUUCAUAUUCUUACUCGUUUAGACCUACAGACAAGCACCUUUGUUAUUGCAUUUCCAGGUGUCUGGACCGCAUAUCUCGCCUGCGCACUCGGUAUUUGGACUUGUACACGACGAAAGACCUCCGGCAGUAUACCGAAGUGCGCGGCCUCCCUCUUUGUAAGCGGUAUUCGUUUCAGGUUCUGGCAUCGCCCCUGCCAUCGAGACCACGAGAGCAGACGAAUCUUUACGAGGCCAGACUCUAUCAGACGCGUUUGAGCGACCCGGGUUCUUAAGAGAUGAUAAGAGCCUCGAGCACGACAUAGUUGUUGCACAUAGAAGGAUAGGCUUCACACGUCAAGAGAUGGCUUCACAUGUGGCAUUCCUGUUCAAGGGGACCCUACCAGACCACUGCACCCCUACUACCCCCUUCCUCCUCGACGUCUCCUCCUACUUUGGGAUAUGCAUACCAACACCUCUGGCUGCUCUGUCCAGUCUCCUGGGGACGUUAUCAAUCAUAUCAUGGCUGUUUGCACAGAUGCCACAAAUAUUCAAGAAUUAUCACAUAAAGUCAACGGCCGGGUUAUCAAUAUUUUUCCUUGCGGAAUGGUUGUUGGGGGAUUUGACGAAUCUACUGGGCGCUCUCUUCACGAGGCAGGCUGCGUGGCAGGUCAUUAUCGCAAGCUACUACGUUUUCGUGGAUGUUUGCCUCGUUUUGCAGUAUUUCUGGUACACCUAUGCUGCGAAGUGGGUGUAUGCGGAAAGCUUGCAUUCUGAUGCGAAUAGUGAAUUCGAUGAUGCAGAUAGCGAUAUCAUCAAUGGGCUCUCCCCCAUAAACACCAGCUUCACCAUCCAAGAAGAAUCCGCGCAGGAAUCUGAGGAAGAUGUUCAAAAGUCCGCCCAGCCAACUCAGAUCGAAGGACCACACUUCUCGAGGGUACACUACGGGGAGAAGAACGGAACUCCUCGAGCAGAGGUGUAUAGCGACAAGGCAGCUGGUAGCUGGAUGCCUACACCAUCCCCUCGGACAUUCUUAUAUGCAGCAACCUUGUCUUCUCUUGCGUCCAAUGCAGCGGCUGCUCCGAUACCGUUUCCAGAAAUUCAUCGACAACAUGGGCUUCAUCUCUUUCGUAUUGAAACGCCUCUCGAAGUGGCCGGUACAAUUCUGUCAUGGUGCUCCACAGUACUAUACUUGGGGUCAAGGCUACCUCAGCUGUACAAGAACUGGAAACUCCAAUCCACUGCAGGUCUCUCACCGUUGUUGUUCUUUGCGGCGUUCUGUGGGAACUUCUUCUACUCGACUUCUCUUCUCACCAAUCCAAACGCAUGGAGUGACUAUGGAGCUCAUGGCCAUCAUGGAUGGGUGGACGCUGAAGGCUCUCAAAGAUGGGCGUGGGUGGCUAGAGCAGCUCCUUUCUUCCUAGGCGCAGCAGGUUGUCUAAGCAUGGACGCCAUGAUGGGUGUCCAAUUUUGGAUGUAUGGAGAAGAAGAGGAACGACUGGUCAAAGUCAGAGACCGUUACGGGUACAGCCACUGGGAAAGAGUCAACGGCUGGAUGCGCGGAUGGAUCCCGAGUAUGGCUGGAAAGGAUCGAGUCGUCGAUAUGGCGGAGAGUCAAAGGUUACUAGGCGAGAGCGGACAUUUGGGAAUGAGCAGGAGAAGGAUUGAUUAUGGAGCAGUGGGGGGUCAUGACUUAUGA